CGUUCUACUUUCAUUUUGACCGGAAGUGGAGUUUGACACGUCAGUUUCGUCCAGAUUUUGUAGAAUAUCAGUGUAAAGUCAAGGUGGAAAGAUUUAAAAACUACUUUGAAUGAAGAGAAAUGGAGACUUUGUACCAUCAGACAUACAGACUUAUACAAGAAGUUCAAAGUGAUCUUGGAAAAUAUGAAAGAGCUACAGGAGAACAAGUUCAUCAUGUAGAGAAUGAGAUUCAAGCCCACAUUGACCAUAUACUUAGUAAUUGUGAGAGACUAGAUAUUCUGGUGAACAAGGAACCACCAACAAGGAGAAGCAAUGCUAAGAUGAAGGCGGAUCAAUUAAAAUACGACUGUCAGCAUUUACAGUCAGCACUAAGACAGCUACAGCAUAGAAGAUAUCAAAGAGAGCAAGAAGAUCUAGACCGAGAAGCUCUUCUUACACGGAGGUUUGAAAGGAAUGAUGCGGACACAACAAUCGCUAUGGACGCAGGGUUACAACAUAAUACGAAGUUAAACGAUGCGAAUCGUGAUAUGGAUAAUUUAUUAGGUCAUGGCUCAAGUAUAUUGACAAGUUUAAAAGAUCAACGUCUUACUUUGAAAAACGCUCAUAAGAGAAUUUUAGAUAUAGCAAACACUUUAGGGCUGUCAAACACAGUGAUGAGGUUCAUAGAGCGACGGACAACACAAGAUAAAUUUAUUCUCUACACGGGAAUGGUAGUGACAUGCAUAAUUAUGUUUCUAGCGUGGAAAUAUUUAACUUGAUUAAUUGACCGGUGCAAUAUUUAUCAUUUUUGUGUAAGAAUGACCUAGUCUUUUAUAGUUCAACCAAAUUUUUAGUAUUAUUGAUUUGAUAAAAUUGCCUUUAAAUUUUUUUAGAAAAUUCAGAGCCAAAUUAAGACAAAUUGUAAAAUCACUUUUUCAAAUUCCCGGAAAUAGUUCUUUCUAUCUUUCUAUUUAUUAUGAUUUUUCAUUUUAAUGGUAAUUUUUCUUCUUCAUUUCAAGAAUAACAUCAUGCAUUUACUAGCCAAGGUAAACCAGAAAACAAGAGAUGGGUAUAUUCUUUAUACUUUGUAUAUCUUCACAUGGAAGGGAAAAAACAUUCCUGUAAAAAAGUUAUGCAUAGUGAUUUGUAACCUUGUUCCCUUCUAAUCCCCCUCUGCGAGGAUUGGGAGUCACAGUUACAUCUAACUAAUGCAAUAAUCUGUGCCAAAUACAAUAAUAUGAUGUGAAUGUCAAUUUAAGUGCCCUUUGUUGAAUGAGGCAGGUCUGCCCCAAGUUUAAAAUUUCUUUUAGCCGUAUAAUUAUGUAUGACACCCUGAUUUCAUACCAUCUUACUUAUAUCAUGACAUGGACAAGAAAUCUUGUAGCCAAGUAAGAAUGUCUUUAGCUAAAUGAAUAAAAUUAUAGCAAAUGGCUAAAAUGGGUAAUCCAAUAGUGACUGUUAGGUCUUAAUUCGUAAAGGUCAAUCUCGUAAUCACGUGGUCAAACAUUUUGGUAAUAUUGCGGCCAAGUGCCGAAAUUUUUACCUGUCUGAAACUAUUAGGUAGUUUAUGUUCGUAAUAAGAGAUUUAUUUGUCCAUCCUUGGCUUAUCAACAGAUUAUAUAAUAGUUUUAUCAAGGUAUGCUUCACUUUACUUCAUGGCAUGUUCGAUGAAUGAAUACGAGCGUGUCAGAUUCCUGGCACGAUUAUUGGUGGACUUUCCCUACGGGGUUGUCUUCAGCUUUCACGUCAUGUCAUAGUAUAUAAACGGGUACGCUGAAGACCUUAAGCUAGUCUUAAUUGUAUUAUAUGUCUGUGUAUCUACUAUCUCAAGUCUCAUAUUUCUCUACACACCAUAAUGUUAUAUGUUAUAAAUGUGUAUUGUAACAUUAUUGUAAAAUGAUACUGUGUUUUGAUUAAGAAAUUAUACAUGUAGAUAUCAACUGACAUUACUCUGGAAGUUGAAGGGAUGAAAUUUGUGACAUUGCAUGAAGUGCUAAACUUUGCCAAAACAUGUUUUUGAUACUCUAUUGUAUUUGAGAUAAAUUGUUUCUCAGCCAUAUGAAUAGUUAAGAUCCUCUUAAUAUUUAAGUCUCACCGAAACCAUAGGUUCAGGGUUAGCUAUGUAAUAUGGAAAAAGGGGAAU